AUCACGGGCUUCCGGCCGAGACGGGGGUCUCCGCGGCUGGCAGCCAGGUAUCGAAUGGGCUCUUUUGCUCCCAGACCCGCAAGAGGUUGCAGUCUGAUGUGGGGAUCCCCCCCUCGGAAGUAGGCGGAAGGCAUUGCUUGGGCGAGAGCCUUAAAGGAUGGCCUCCUCAGAUCUGGAACAGUUAUGCUCUCAUAUUAAUGAAAAGAUUGGCCAUAUUAAAAAAACUCUGUCAUUAAGAAACUGUGGCCAAGAACCUACCUUGAAGACCAUAUUAAAUAAAAUAGGAGAUGAGAUCAUUGUGGUAAAUGAACUUCUAAAUAAAUUGGAAUUGGAAAUUCAGUUUCAAGAACAAACCAACAGUUCACUCAAGGAACUCUAUGAAUCUCUCGAAGAAGAUUAUAAAGAUGUGGAACAUCUCAAAGAAAACAUUCCUCCCCAUUUGCCUCAAGUAACAGUAACCAAGAACUUUUUUCUUAUCCUGCUGUCUCUGAAGAAAAUGUCACCUCUUUCCCAAGGUGUUAACGUAGCAGAUGUUGACCCUGAAGAACCAGUCAAAGUCAAGGAACCUGCACCCACAAAGAAGCCCCCAAAAGAACAAAGAACUAUUAAAGAAAUGCUAUUUAUAACUUCUGAUGAGUUUAAUGGCAUUCCUGCGUACAUGAAAUCCCGCUUAACCUAUUGUCAAAUUAAUGAUGUUAUUAAAGAAAUCAAUAAGGCAGUAGUUAGUAAAUAUAAGAUCCUAUAUCAACCAAAAAAGUCUAUGAAUUCUGUGACCAGAAAUCUCUAUCACAGAUUUAUUGAUGAAGAAACGAAGGAUACCAAAGGUCAUUAUUUUAUAGUGGAAGCUGACAUAAAGGAGUUCACAGCUUUGAAAGUUGACAAGAGGUUUCACGUGAUCCUGAAUAUUUUACGACACUGCCGGAGGCUCUCAGAGGUCCGAGGGGGAGGCCUUACCCGAUACGUUAUAACCUGAGGCCCUGUGAGCUUGAGCCAGCCAACAGCAGGGUAUAGAGGCUAUUCCUGUAGUUUCCUUGUAUGUAAUUUCUUUUUAUAUAAUUUCUUUAGCUUUUUCAUUUUCUUCUUUUGUAAAAUGAAAUUUUUUUAAGACAAAGCAUAUAUAUUUUAAAAUUCACUUCCUUUCAGCAAAUAUUUAACUACCUACCGUAUGAGCCUGUGUGCUAGGCAUGUAAUGGAAUAAUAAAUAUUCAUGUCUAGUUUUUCUGUUUAGUGACGAUGCUGCAGACCCUCAUAAGAUGGGUGCAGAUGCAAUAAUGGAGAAAAAGAUCAAGAAGAUAAGGUCAGGGUUACCUAGGCUCUUUGUUAUUAAAGGUCAUUAGUGUCUAAACUCCAUCAAUGGCAUUUCAGGCUACAGGCAAAAGUUGGAUUGGGAGGAAGCCCACCCAUGUGGUUAUUCUGCUUUCCCAUAUGUCGUUAGCAAACCACUUACCUGAAAUGCAUUCAGUAUAAACCAACCUGUACACUUCAACCAGUAAUUAAAUUGCAAUUGUAUUGAGAUGAAAAAGAUGAUAAAAUAACAGGUGUAAGCAGGUUGAUAGUGGUCACGGAACAUGGGUGGUUGAAUAGUAAGAAUUUGGUCGUAUUUCUCUUUCACACUUGGGGAGACUGUCUGAUCUAUCUGUGUUUUGGUUAACGUUCUCUAGAGAAACAGAACCAAUAGGAUAUAUAUUAUAUAUAUUAUGAGAUUUAUUAUGAGGAAUUGGCUCAUGCGAUUAUGGAGGCUGAGAAGUCCCCCAGUCUGCU